AUGUCACUUCGUUCUUGUUCUUCAUGUUCCACUAUGUCAUCAUCAGGAUCCAGUAAAUCAUAUAAUUCUUACCGUUUAUUGUCAUCAUCAUCAAUAACAACUGUUUCUGGUCAAUUGAAUCAUGAACCAUCGAAACAAAACUCAAUAAUUGAUAAUGAACAAUGGCCUGCUCCACCAGAAGAAGAAAUUCAACCAGAGCAAAAUAUUGUACAAGAUACGUGGCGAAUUGAAAAAAAAAUUUCAUUAAAAGAUCAACAAUUGACAAAGAAUAGUUGUAUUGUUAAAGCAACAAUGACUAAUGAACAAAUUAUUCUUUCUGAUUCAUCAUCAACUAGAUCAAGAAUAAUUCCAGGCAAACAUAUUACUAUGAAAGUAGUCUUUCGUUUUUGA